AAGGAAAAUAAUGAAGGCAAAGAAAGGAUUUUUCAGUACAUAAAACAAGAUAUAUCCCUUUCUUUUUCUUCAAAUAUCAAAAGGUUUCAUCACUAAGCAAUCUCUCUCUUCCCUUCCUUUUUAAAAAGUCCACCAAAUUCCAUUAUUCCCUUCAAACCCCAUUAAGACCCCAUCGCUUUUGUGUGUUUUUUUUUUUUUUCCAUCAUCCUUCUUUUUGUGCUAAACAUAAAAAAAAAAAUGUUGCAAAAUCAGGCCAAUAAGUCUUCUUUUAGAGAAUCUCUUAAAGCUCUUGAAGCUGAUAUACAGCAUGCUAAUAGCUUGGCAGCUGCUCUACCAAGAGAUUAUGGUGGGAAUUGCUACCAAAUGAGACUAUCUUAUAGUCCUUUUGCACCUUUCAUUUUGUUUUUGAUUGAAUGGAUGGAUUAUAGUUGUACAGAUACCCUUCCUAGUUAUUUAGGCCUUCUCCACAUCCUUGUAUACAAGGCAUAUGUUGAUGGAAUGCCAGUUUUAUCCUCCAAAGAUAAAAAAGCAACUCUAAGGGAAUUUUAUGCUGUUAUUUAUCCUUUGCUAAGACAACUCGGAGACGAAUUUAUCGAAUCGGAAGAUAAUAAGAAAGGCCGAUGCAUGGAAGUUUCGAGCCGGAAGAAGCUUGAAGACCACAAGAGGAUUCCCGAUAAAGAUUCAGAGAGAGACGACGAAUGCGGCAUAUGCAUGGAGAAUUGUACGAAAAUGGUUCUUCCUAAUUGUGGUCACGCCUUGUGCAUUAAUUGCUUCCACGAAUGGAACAGACGUUCGCAAUCGUGCCCUUUUUGCCGUGGUAGUUUAAAGAGAGUGAGUUCGAAAGAUCUUUGGGUACUAACGAGUUGCAACGACGUAAUCGACAUGGUUACGCUCGCGAAAGAGAACUUGUGUCGCCUAUACAUCUACAUCGAAAAGCUUCCUCUCGUAAUGCCCGAGACACAACCAUAUGUAUCCGAUUACAUGAUCUAACUACGAAGCUGAAACCGUAUCGAACCAUCGAAAACGUAAAAAAAUGCCAUCGUCCGCCCAUUGUACAUACAAUCCGGUAGGAGGGAAGAGGUCCGAGCUUCUUGAUCGGAACUUUCUCGACGGUCUAUUCAACGGCUGCUGUAUAUAGUUCUUAGAUACCGAUCUUGGGUCUCGAGGGUUUCGGAACAAGCAUACAGGUUAGUCUAUAUAGAGCAACCUGAAAUAUUUAUAUAGAGGAUGAAAUAUAUGAAAAUUUAAAAAUAAAAGGGUAUUAUUGGCAUUCAACUCAGUUGUUUUUUGGAACCUGAGUGUUAUAAUCGAAAAAAUAUAGUGCUAUAUAAUUAUCACAUUGAAACUUAUGCCUUAUCAAUGAAGUCCUAUUAUGUUAUUUGCACUCGAGUUCGGGUUUGAGUAUUCAAAUUCUAGUUUGUACUUGACACGAAUAUAUUUAAUUUUUUAAAAUUUUUUCGUGUAUUUAAAA